GCCACCUUCCCUCUCCUCCUCGCCUCUCGCCUUGCAGAGGUUGCAGACAGGCUGCAAGAGUGCAGGGUGUGUGGAACAUGUUUCUGGUUGGGAGGGCUCGGUUGGGCCUCCCAGCUUCUUCUUCGCACGGUUCAGAGGCGAACUGAAGGAGGAGGGGGAGGAUUGGGAUAGCAAUGGUGUGAUGUCUGGUUGGUGACCGGUUCCUGCAGUUGCAAGGCAGCUAGUCGAUUCAUUGCUCCGGGAGCAGCCAUGGAUGCAAGGAACCGAACAGCUCCGGUGGUUGAUACCUCGUCAUGCUUGUGCCGAGUGGACAGAUCAUCCGCCGCCGCCGCGGCGAGGCGCAUCUCGGUGUCCAAGGCGUGCGUGGAGCCGAGCCUCAGGGCGUCCAUCCACCCGCUGAAGCCGAAGGCGUCGCCGCGGCCGGCCGACCGGAGCAGCGGUGGGCAAUGGCCGCUGCUCCCCGGCCUUCCCGACGACCUCGCCAUCGCUUGCCUCAUCCGGGUGCCCAGAGCCGACCACUGCAGGCUGCGGCUGGUGUGCCGGAGGUGGUGCCGCCUGCUCGCCGGCAACUACUUCUACGGCCUCCGGCGUCGGCUCGGGCUCGCCGAGCAGUGGCUGUACGCCGUGAAGCGCGACGACGGCCAGGACGGGCGCGUGUCGUGGGACGUGCUCGACCCGUCGCGCGGCGCGUGGCGCGCGCUGCCGCCCGUGCCGCGGGAGUACGCGGGCGCCGACGGCUUCGGCUGCGCCGUGCUCGGCGGCUGCCACCUGUACCUGGUCGGCGGCGCGGACCCGCGCCGGGGCGAAGGCGGCGGCGCCAUGCGGCGGGUGGUGUUCUACAGCGCGCGGACCAACCGUUGGCACCGCGCGCCGGACAUGCUGCGCCGGCGGCAGUGCUUCGGCGCGUGCGUGAUGGGCAACCGCCUGUACGUCGCCGGCGGCGAGAGCGGGAGCGGCGGCGGAGGCGGGCUCAGGUCCGCCGAGGUGUUCGACCCCGCCAAGAACCGGUGGUCGUUCGUGGCCGAGAUGGCGGCGGCGAUGGUGCCGUUCGUCAGCGCGGUGCACGGCGGGCGGUGGUACGUCAAGGGCCUCGGCGCGCAGCAGGAGGUGGUGAGCCAGGCGUACUCGCCGGAGACCGACUCGUGGUCCGUCGUGCUCGACGGCAUGGUCACCGGCUGGCGGAGCCCCAGCGCGUGCCUCGGCGGCAGGAUCUACGCCGCCGACUGCAGGGACGGCUGCCGGCUGAGGGCCUACGACGAGGCCGCGGACGCGUGGACCAUCUGCGCCGACAGCAAGCAGCACCAGGGGAGCUCCCAGGCGGCGGAGGCGGCCGCCAUUGUCGCGCUCCACGGCAGGCUCUGUGUCGUCCGCAACGACAUGAGCGUCGUGGCCGUCGACGUCGCGGCCGGGCAGGGGAACCAGCAGAGCUGGGAGACCCUGGCCGGCAAAGCGCAUGCUAAGAGCUUCGUCACGGGCCUCUUGUCCAACCUCGCCGGCCGUGGCCGCGCCAAGAACCGCAUCCUCCAUUGCCUAGUUCUUGAGGCCUAGCUGAUCACUUGCUGCCUAUGAAUCACCGAUACUUCACUAACCCAGCCGUAUCUGUAUCCGAUACUUGCGUAUCCAAUACUUCGAUACUCCGAUACUCUCUCUAUACUACCACUAUGUCGUUUUUUAAACUCACAUAUCACCGUAUCACCGUACCCGUAUCGCUGUACCCGUAUCGCGUUAUCGGUGAUACAUAGCUUGCUGCUUCAUCUGUUCUAUGUAGAAUCACACACUGAAAAAAAGAAGAGAAAUUCUUCCAUAUUAGCUGAGGAGUUUUGGUCAGUGAGACAUGUCUGCUGUAGAGUUCUGAAAAAAAGUGAGAAUUACACCCGAAGCAAGUGAUCAUUGUACAUACAGUUCAUAUGAUAUAUUGAUAUUUGAAAAGUUCAUAGCACACACAGUUACUUUCUA